GGUAAAAACCGAAACUCAUUUUCUGAGCUCCCGUGUUCGAUUCUCGUUUUGCCCAAAAUCAGUAUUUUUAGUUCAUCAUUUUGUCCUUCAACAUCAGAGCCAUGGAUCCAGACCAAUCCUCUUCAACUCGCCGGAAGGUCAAGUUCGCCCCAAAAGCCCCACCCAACAGGAAGCCCAAACCACCACCACCUUCUUCCGAAACUGAAGCAGGUGAUGAACUACACGAAGAUAGCGCACAGGCUCAAGCUUUCUUACGUCGUUGGAAUGAGAAUCUUGCAAGACGCCAGCCUAAAGUUGAAAGAAAAUCAAGCGUGCAAGUCGCAUUUGGUCCUGGAGGUUCAUCACCUUCUCUAAGGACAGAUGGAAUUAGUAAGUCUGUACAUAGCGGUAAAAGCAGUGGCACGGCAUCUGAAUAUCUUGCUAAUGAGCAAAAUGGUUUAACACGUUCUUUAACUGCUGUGGAAGAUCAAAGCGACCCUUUUAUGGUAGAUGUUACUGAUGAUAACACUAAUGCAUCAGCCGGGAAAACUAAAAGAGAUUACGUGGAACCAUGGGAUUAUGUCAACUCUUACUAUCCUAUUACUCUUCCUCUGAGGAAGCCCUAUUCUGGAGAUCCAGAAAUUCUUGAUGAAGAAGAAUUUGGUGAGGCUGCUACUAGUGUGGAGUAUGAUGAGAAUACUGUUAAUCCUGCUGCAGCACUCGGGCUCUUGGAGAAGAGUGAACAACAAAGGAUGCUUUUCUUUCAGCUUCCUGCUCUGCCUUUGGUCAAGCAAUCUGUGAGUAUUAAGGGGAAGGAGAAAAUUGGUACAUCAACAGUAUCACGAGAUCCAACUAAUAGGAGUAACAUGGAAGAUUUACCAAGUGGAUAUAUGGGCAAAAUGCUAGUAUUCAAGAGUGGAGCAAUCAAAUUAAAACUAGGAGAAACCCUGUUCGACGUCUCUCCAGGUUUAAAUUGUGAUUUUGCUCAAAAUGUUGUGGCCAUGAACACUACACAGAAACACUGCUGCGUUCUUGGGGAGAUUAGUAAAAGGGUUGUUGUAACUCCUGAUCUUGAUUCAAUUGAUCUGUGAAUAUGUGAAUAUUUGGUUAUACGCCAUCAUAUAGGGAAAUAGUACAGGUACCUGCGUGGUUUAUGUAAAUAGGGAUAUUAUGUGAAUAUGGGUGGACUACAAAUGCACUGCUGAUUGGCAAGUGCAAAUUGGAAACUAGACCUAGCAUUUGACAUU